AUGGACUCAACACAACCCAAAAAACAUGAUCGGGGCCCCAAGAGGCACCGCACCGAGGCACAUCAACAGCACUCACUUCAAUUUUUCUCCUCUGAACCGUGGUAUGCAAAGUUCCUUGUUCUGCAUGCAGAGGAUGGAACAAAGCCACUGUCUAAGAUAUCUCCUUUCCUAAUAGCAAAGGAACUAGAAAAGAUCAUUGGGAAAACAUACAAUGUUAAAAAGUUGCCAACAGGAGACUUACAAAUCGAAGUCAGCAAUAGACAGCAAAGCUUGGCACUCCUUUCUCUCAGCAGAAUUGGAGACGUGGGAGUCAGUGUUACGAAACACCGGACUCUGAAUGUUUUGAAAGGGGUAAUAUCUGAGGAACAACUCCUUGACUGUUCUGACACUGAGAUCCAAGAAGGGCUUAAAGAUGAGGGUGUAACAGCAGCCAGGCGAAUUGUCAUGCGUCGUGAUGGUAGGGAAAUCCCAACCAAGCAUGUAGUCCUUUCUUUUCAGCUACACAGACUUCCUUCCACCGUAAAGGCAGGAUAUAUCAACUGCCACGUCCAACCGUUUGUUCCAAACCCACGACGCUGCUUCAAAUGCCAGCGUUUUGGGCACGGAUCACAGGCUUGCCGUGGGAAGACCACUUGCCCAAAGUGCGCCGGUACCGAGCAAGACCAUGUUGUUGAAGCCUGUCAAAAGGAGCUCCACUGUGCAAACUGCAAGGGCAACCACCCCGCCUACUCUCGAUCCUGCCCUCGAUGGAAGGAAGAAAAGGACAUACUUAGAAUAAAAGUAACACAAGACAUUUCGUACAAAGACGCGAAGACACAGUAUGAAUUUGCAAACAAGGGCGGUUAUGCCGCAGUGGCGCGCAGGGGAGUGGUGCCACUGACAAAAUCUGUAGAGACUCAGACUUCUGAGCCUCUACCCCACACUCCCCAAACAAAAGAGAAGCCAGUGGAGAGUUCUUCUCCAGUGGCUCCGGCUGCUUCUGUAGCCAGUCACCAACAGGCCGCGACGGCCUCGAAGGAGGUUGUCGGUGCCCCCUCAGUUUGGGACGGUGUCCCAAGGGACUCAUCUCAAACUACGAAUCUGAGUAUGGAGGUUGACGACGAUGACUGCUCGUCGCAGAAGUCAACGUCGAGCCUCCCCAACAGUUCUUCUGAAAUGAAAGAACAAAGACAACGUAGAACUGGCAGAGGAAGGGGAUGUAACUCGAAGGAAAAGGCAAAGCAACCACCCCCAAGAGUACAGCCCCUCUGA